AAUUACUUUCUGAUUUGAUUCUUUUCUAGUUGAGAAUAAUGAGGUGAUGAGAAAGAAAUACAAAUUUCUAAAUCAGUUGAGAAAAAGCAUUAUUUUGAAAUUUGCCCUGUUUGGAAACUCCACACCCUUCUCCCAAAAGCUUCCUUUAUUUAUACUCUCUCCUUCGAUCUUUCCUCCCUCACUUUUCCUCUCACUCUCUCUCUCUCUCUCUCUCUCUCUGUUUCUUGCAUGUUAGAUUUUUUUUUUUAAGCCAAUUGACAUCUGUGAAGAAAACUACCGAGCACUCUGGCUCUACCAACCAUGGAAGUUUUCAGCUUGCUCAAGUUCUGGGCAAUGGCGGCCGGCGACGAACUCAAUCAUGACGAUGAAAUCCAAGACGAAGACUCUUUCUUCGAUUUGGAAUUUGCAGUGCCGGGUUGUGACGAGAAGGAACAGAGCGACAGCGCCCUGGAUGUGGACUUUGAGCUGAGUUCAAAGCCACCGUCUCCGUUCUCGUUCCUGAGAUCGCCGCCGAAGUUUCGAGUCCUGAUGCUGUUCAGGAAACCCAAGUCGGAGAAACCAGAGCCCGCUGCCGCCUCGCCGGAGCUUCACCGCCCGAGCAAGCGCUUUGACAGAGUGAAUAGUUUGCGGAGGCUGACCUCCGAGAGCGCUUCUCUCAAGCGUUUCACGAAGCUGAUCAAACCCCUCCACAUUCGGGCCUCGAACUCAAAGAGGUACAGUGAAAAUAUGAAGUUCUCCGAUGGGUUCUCGACGACUCUGCGUUCGCCGGGAAAGCAAGCAGAGGAGAAACAGGCGACUAGGCAGGGGCCGGCGACGCUUAUAGUGGCGUGCAAGCAUCUGGGGAAGAGCCGGUCGGCGUCUUCGACCGUCGGAAUAGCGCCGGCGCCUCCCAGACGGAGAGACGAUUCGCUGCUGCAGCAGCAUGACGGGAUCCAGAGCGCCAUCCUCCAUUGCAAGAGAUCAUACAGCUCCUCCCAAGAGUCAUCCGGGGUGCUGCCACCACCACCAGUGAACCCAUCGAGAAGUAGCAUCUGAAGCUGCUCAGUUUUGGCCAGGAGAGGAAAACAAAAAGAAGAAAAUGCGGGGAAGUGUUGAUCUUGACUAGGAUUAUUGGGGGUGGGGGAUGUGGAAUUAUUCCGAUGUGUUGGCAUAAUGGUACAUAGAGUUUCACUAGUAGUUGUCUGUAAAGCGACUGAUCAUAUCGAAUGGGGGAACUGGGAAGAAAUGAUUAAGAUCUUUCAUGCUGCUGCUGGUUGCCUGUCUCUGUCUCUGCAAUCUCGUCAUCCGUUUCUUCUGACUUCUUCUGGGUGUUUGAUGAUAUCUUGUUGAUUUUUAACAAAUCAAAUAUAUGAUCAUUUGUUUUCUGCAUAAAGAUUACCUGCCGUCCCUGCCCUCCAUUCUCCAAUUACUUUUGUUAUUAUUAUUAGAAUGUUACGUGAUUUCUCUCAUACACAUAAUCCAGUGA